UCCGUCUCCUCCCGCGGCCGGUCAGUGCACGCGACCCUCCCGCGCUCCGACCCCGAGCUCCAUCAUGGCUGCUGCGAAUUUUUUCAUCUUGAUCUUGCUGUGUGCGAUCUGGAUGUCGGCUGCAGGCUCAACAUACAAGGAGUGCGCUGCGGACCAGGCAGGCAAGGUGAACAACGGACGCAUCGAGUGCACGUUCAGCGGCUGCAGGCUCGCAUGCAAUUCAGGAUACAAGCUUCAAGGCAAACGCAAGAUUUACCUCACGUGCAACCAGAAGACGGGGCAGUUUAUGCACAACGGACAACCUUGGCGCCAGUCCGCUCCUGACUGCGUCCCCAACUGCAGAGAUGGGUGCCAGAAUGGUGGCACUUGCAUAGCCCCGAGGCAGUGCCAGUGCAGCCCUGGGUACAGGGGCACGAACUGCGAGGUGAGAGAGUGCCCCGAGCCUUCGUUCCCGGACGCGCAGGCUAGCUUUACCCGCACCGACGACGACGAACUGCGAGUGGAGUGCCACCAAGGAUACGUCCUUCCCCCGGGCACGGCGCCUGGAGGAGUGGCACCCUGCAGGGACGGUGUCUGGGACCUCCCGGACGACUUCAGGUGUCAGCCUACUUGCAUAAAUGGGUGCCAGAAUGGAGGCACCUGCAUAGCCCCGAGCCAGUGCCAGUGCAGCCCUGGGUACAGGGGCACGAACUGCGAGGUGAGAGAGUGCCCUGAGCCUUCGUUCCCGGACGCGCAGGCUAGCUUUACCCGCACCGACGACGACGAACUGCGAGUGGAGUGCCACCAAGGAUACGUCCUUCCCCCGGGCACGGCGCCUGGAGGAGUGGCACCCUGCAGGGACGGUGCCUGGGACCUCCCGGGCGACUUCAGGUGUCAGCCUAACUGCAGAGAUGGGUGCCAGAAUGGAGGCACCUGCAUAGCCCCGAGCCAGUGCCAGUGCAGCCCUGGGUACAGGGGCACGAACUGCGAGGUGAGAGAGUGCCCUGAGCCUUCGUUCCCGGACGCGCAGGCUAGCUUUACCCGCACCGACGACGACGAACUGCGAGUGGAGUGCCACCAAGGAUACGUCCUUCCCCCGGGCACGGCGCCUGGAGGAGUGGCACCCUGCAGGGACGGUGCCUGGGACCUCCCGGACGACUUUAGGUGUCAGCCUAACUGCAGAGAUGGGUGCCAGAAUGGAGGCACCUGCAUAGCCCCGAGCCAGUGCCAGUGCAGCCCUGGGUACAGGGGCACGAACUGCGAGGUGAGAGAGUGCCCUGAGCCUUCGUUCCCGGACGCGCAGGCUAGCUUUACCCGCACCGACGACGACGAACUGCGAGUGGAGUGCCACCAAGGAUACGUCCUUCCCCCGGGCACGGCGCCUGGAGGAGUGGCACCCUGCAGGGACGGUGCCUGGGACCUCCCGGGCGACUUCAGGUGUCAGCCUAACUGUGUAAAUGGAUGCCAGAAUGGAGGCACCUGCAUAGCCCCGAGCCAGUGCCAGUGCAGCCCUGGGUACAGGGGCACGAACUGCGAGGUGAGAGAGUGCCCUGAGCCUUCGUUCCCGGACGCGCAGGCUAGCUUUACCCGCACCGACGACGACGAACUGCGAGUGGAGUGCCACCAAGGAUACGUCCUUCCCCCGGGCACGGCGCCUGGAGGAGUGGCACCCUGCAGGGACGGUGCCUGGGACCUCCCGGGCGACUUCAGGUGUCAGCCCAACUGCAUAAAUGAGUGCCAGAAUGGAGGCACCUGCAUAGCCCCGAGCCAGUGCCAGUGCAGCCCUGGGUACAGGGGCACGAACUGCGAGGUGAGAAAGUGCCCCGAGCCUUCGUUCCCGGACGCGCAGGCUAGCUUUACCCGCACCGACGACGACGAACUGCGAGUGGAGUGCCACCAAGGAUACGUCCUUCCCCCGGGCACGGCGCCUGGAGGAGUGGUACUCUGCAGGGACGGAGCCUGGGACCUCCGGGACGACUUCAGGUGUCAGGUUAACUGUGUAAAUGGGUGCCAGAAUGGAGGCACCUGCAUAGCCCCGAGCCAGUGCCAGUGCAGCCCUGGGUACAGGGGCACGAACUGCGAGGUGAGAGAGUGCCCUGAGCCUUCGUUCCCGGACGCGCAGGCUAGCUUUACCCGCACCGACGACGACGAACUGCGAGUGGAAUGCCACCAAGGAUACGUCCUUCCCCCGGGCACGGCGCCUGGAGGAGUGGCACCCUGCAGGGACGGUGCCUGGGACCUCCCGGACGACUUCAGGUGUCAGCCUAACUGUGUAAAUGGGUGCCAGAAUGGAGGCACCUGCAUAGCCCCGAGCCAGUGCCAGUGCAGCCCUGGGUACAGGGGCACGAACUGCGAGGUGAGAAAGUGCCCCGAGCCUUCGUUCCCGGACGCGCAGGCUAGCUUUACCCGCACCGACGACGACGAACUGCGAGUGGAGUGCCACCAAGGAUACGUCCUUCCCCCGGGCACGGCGCCUGGAGGAGUGGUACUCUGCAGGGACGGAGCCUGGGACCUCCGGGACGACUUCAGGUGUCAGGUUAACUGUGUAAAUGGGUGCCAGAAUGGAGGCACCUGCAUAGCCCCGAGCCAGUGCCAGUGCAGCCCUGGGUACAGGGGCACGAACUGCGAGGUGAGAGAGUGCCCUGAGCCUUCGUUCCCGGACGCGCAGGCUAGCUUUACCCGCACCGACGACGACGAACUGCGAGUGGAGUGCCACCAAGGAUACGUCCUUCCCCCGGGCACGGCGCCUGGAGGAGUGGCACCCUGCAGGGACGGUGUCUGGGACCUCCCGGGCGACUUCAGGUGUCAGGUUAACUGUGUAAAUGGGUGCCAGAAUGGAGGCACCUGCAUAGCCCCGAGCCAGUGCCAGUGCAGCCCUGGGUACAGGGGCACGAACUGCGAGGUGAGAGAGUGCCCUGAGCCUUCGUUCCCGGACGCGCAGGCUAGCUUUACCCGCACCGACGACGACGAACUGCGAGUGGAGUGCCACCAAGGAUACGUCCUUCCCCCGGGCACGGCGCCUGGAGGAGUGGCACCCUGCAGGGACGGUGCCUGGGACCUCCCGGACGACUUCAGGUGUCAGCCUUCCUGUGGACGCCCGGGCUGUCAGAAUGGCGGACGAUGCGUGGCACCGAACCAGUGCCAGUGUGAAGACCAGUUCACGGGCGAGCACUGCCAGCUGCGACGCUGUGAAGAGCCCCAGGUCACGGCCAUCAGUGCCAAUCUCACAGUCAAUGAGACGCACCUGACGGCAGAGUGCGAAGCCGGGUAUGCGUUUCCACACGGUGGCACUGUGGCAACGCUGUAUUGCCAGGACGGAGAGUGGCACUCUGAAGAGCUGGUCGUCGCUGACAACAGCACUCUGGAGUGCACCCCUCAGGAAACGCCGUGUUAUUACCCAUCAAAGACCUUCAGCAACACGAUCAUGGAAGGGGAUCUCUUCAGCCACUCGCUCAGGUGUCCGCGAGGGUUCCGGAUGAAGGACGGCAGGGAGGGCGUCGCCCUCGUGUGCCUCGAGGCCGAGUGGACCGUCCGGGGGGAGGGCCUGAUGGUGGACCUCGACCUCAACUGCUACCAAAUUCCUUCUGGUCCUCGCGUGCCUGCUCGGCUCGGCCCUCGGCGGCUGGGAGGGGGAGCUGCAGUGCGACUACAACAUCACGAGCCUCUGCCCGAUCCCCGACAGCGGAAGCCCCGUGUACUUCGCGGACCCGGACGACUGCAGCGCCUACUGUGAGUGUUCUGCAGGCAUCGCCUGGAAAUUCUUCUGCGGCCCAGAGACGCUCUAUGACGAGAACCUUCACCUGUGCAACUGGGUCUAUACGGUCGACUGCGGCGAGCGCCCCAUCAUCUAGCUGGCGAGGCUCACAUG